GCAGGCAGUAUCUGAUCCCCACCCCACCCCACCCCCAUCUCUACUACCUUUCUCGCCGCCUGCCUGUCUGUAUCUCUCUCGCGCUCUCUCUCUCUGGAAACCGGCCGGGCGGGUGAGAAAGUUGAGCCCCCUUGGUUCGAGGCCAACGCGGGGGGCGUGAGCCGGAAAGGGAUAGCCAGCUGCUGUCCAUCCCCUUGCUUCGGUUGGUUGCUUCAUCCGUCCGCGCAAAGCCGUCGCCUUUUCUGCCGGACACCCACCUCUCUCCUCUAUCCCCUCCCUCUUUCUCUCUCUUCUCCCCCUCCCUCCUCUUGCGAGCUCAGUUAGGAGAGAGGGGACUGCGACUGCGAGCUCUGAUUUGGUGCCGCCGAUUCUUGGAGCCCGCCUGCAGUUUCCCGUUCCUCGGAGCGGCGCUUCCUCCGGCUCCGCGGCAGCUCCAUCCAUUUCCGAGCUCCGGGAUCCGAUCCGAUUCCAGCCGGAAGCCGGCGCCUUCUCCACCGAGGCGAUUGAUUCCGCGUCGCCAUGGGGAACUGCUGGGGCGCCAAGAUCAGCUCCGACAGCCCUUCGCGCAGCGCCUUCUCCCCAUCAGGGGCAACUUCCAAGUUUGCUAGUAGGAAUGGGGUAGCCCUGAGCAGCUCCAGCAGCCAUGCGUCGUCAGCAUCAAUGCUUCCAACCCCACGUAGCGAGGAUGAAAUCCUGGAGUCGGCAAACGUCAAGGCCUUCACCUUCAACGAGCUCAGGACUGCCACCAGAAACUUCAGACCGGACAGUGUGCUCGGCGAGGGUGGGUUUGGGUCGGUCUUCAAGGGAUGGAUCGAUGAGAAGACACUCGCCCCAACUAGGCCAGGCACAGGGAUGGUCAUUGCUGUCAAGAGGCUGAACCAGGAAGGUUACCAGGGUCACAAGGAAUGGCUGGCUGAAGUGAAUUACCUUGGAACGUUAUCGGACCCGUAUCUAGUAAAGCUCGUUGGCUACUGUCUAGAAGAUGAACAGCGUCUCCUUGUCUAUGAGUUCAUGCCGCGUGGGAGUUUAGAAAAUCAUCUGUUCAGAAGGAGCUCCCAUUUCCAGCCGCUGUCAUGGAACCUACGAAUGAAAAUUGCCCUUGGAGCAGCUAAAGGUCUUGCCUUUCUCCACAGUGAUAAGGCUAAAGUGAUCUAUCGUGAUUUCAAGACCUCAAAUAUUCUUCUAGAUGCGAACUUCAAUGCAAAGCUCUCUGAUUUCGGGCUGGCGAAGGAUGGUCCAACUGGUGACAAGAGUCAUGUCUCCACCAGAGUGAUGGGGACUCAUGGGUAUGCAGCUCCGGAAUACCUUGCGACAGGUCAUCUGACAACCAAGAGUGACGUCUACAGCUUUGGAGUAGUACUCCUAGAAAUGCUGUCAGGACGCCGCGCACUGGACAAGAAUCGCCCAAACGGGGAGCACAACUUGGUGGAGUGGGCUAGGCCAUACCUGAGAAGCAAGCGGCGCAUAUUUCGCAUCCUGGACCCCCGUCUGGGCGGCCAGUAUUCCCUUGCUAGGGCCCAGAAGGCUGCAGCACUGGCACUGCAAUGCCUCUCAGUGGAGUCCAGGCAAAGGCCCAGCAUGGAUGAGGUGGUAACAGCGUUGGAACAGCUCCAGGACACCAAGGAGGGAGGGCACCAUCACCUACAGAAGAGGCCAAGCAGUCGGAGCUUGGACAGCAAUGGCGUGAAAGUGGCCAUGAAGGGGAAGCCUGCCCCUUCUCCAAAACCAGUUUGAGUGGCUAGAGUAUUUUAUUUUUCUUUUGCAGGUGUAGGUGACAUAAUAGGCUCAUAGAGGGAUUUGUAAAGAGGCAAGAGUUCUGAAUGUUUUGUGUUUAUCAUAUAGUUUUUACAUCUUUUCAAGUCUUUGUAAAGUACACUAUGUAAAUACAUAAUUACAUCCAGUUCGGAGUUUUAUGAAAUUUUGUUCAAGCCAAAAGCUCAGUCA